AUGUCUGCUAAGGACACUCUGGUCCAAGAACUGGAGCAGAAGAUCCAGACCCUGCAGAGAGAUGUCUCUGAGAAAGAGGCAUCUUUCAAGGAGCAGGAGGACCUGAUGUCCGAGGACCUGAUGUCUGCUAAGGACACUCUGGUCCAAGAACUGGAGCAGAAGAUCCAGACCCUGCAGAGAGAUGUCUCUGAGAAAGAGGCAUCUUUCAAGGAGCAGGAGGACCUGAUGUCCGUGAAGGACAUUGUGGUCCAAAAGUUGGAUCAGCAGACACAGACCCUGCAGAGAGAUGUCUCUGAAAAAGAGACAUUUAUCAAAGAGCAGGAGGACCUGAUGUCUGCUAAGGACACUCUGGUCCAAGAACUGGAGCAGAAGAUCCAGACCCUGCAGAGAGAUGUCUCUGAGAAAGAGGCAUCUUUCAAGGAGCAGGAGGACCUGAUGUCCGUGAAGGACAUUGUGGUCCAAAAGCUGGAUCAGCAGACACAGACCCUGCAGAGAGAUGUCUCUGAAAAAGAGACAUUUUUCAAAGAGCAGGAGGACCUGAUGUCUGCUAAGGACACUCUGGUCCAAGAACUGGAGCAGAAGAUCCAGACCCUGCAGAGAGAUGUCUCUGAGAAAGAGGCAUCUUUCAAGGAGCAGGAGGACCUGAUGUCCGUGAAGGACAUUCUGGUCCAAAAGCUGGAUCAGCAGACACAGACCCUGCAGAGAGAUGUCUCUGAAAAAGAGACAUUUUUCAAAGAGCAGGAGGACCUGAUGUCUGCUAAGGACACUCUGGUCCAAGAACUGGAGCAGAAGAUCCAGACCCUGCAGAGAGAUGUCUCUGAGAAAGAGGCAUCUUUCAAGGAGCAGGAGGACCUGAUGUCCUUGAAGGACAUUCUGGUCCAAAAGCUGGAUCAGCAGACACAGACCCUGCAGAGAGAUGUCUCUGAAAAAGAGACAUUUAUCAAAGAGCAGGAGGACCUGAUGUCUGCUAAGGACACUCUGGUCCAAGAACUGGAGCAGAAGAUCCAGACCCUGCAGAGAGAUGUCUCUGAGAAAGAGGCAUCUUUCAAGGAGCAGGAGGACCUGAUGUCCGUGAAGGACAUUGUGGUCCAAAAGCUGGAGCAGCAGACACAGACCCUGCAAAGAGAUGUCUCUGAAAAAGAGACAUUUUUCAAAGAGCAGGAGGACCUGAUGUCUGCUAAGGACACUCUGGUCCAAGAACUGGAGCAGAAGAUCCAGACCCUGCAGAGAGAUGUCUCUGAGAAAGAGGCAUCUUUCAAGGAGCAGGAGGACCUGAUGUCCGUGAAGGACAUUGUGGUCCAAAAGUUGGAUCAGCAGACACAGACCCUGCAGAGAGAUGUCUCUGAAAAAGAGACAUUUAUCAAAGAGCAGGAGGACCUGAUGUCUGCUAAGGACACUCUGGUCCAAGAACUGGAGCAGAAGAUCCAGACCCUGCAGAGAGAUGUCUCUGAGAAAGAGGCAUCUUUCAAGGAGCAGGAGGACCUGAUGUCCGUGAAGGACAUUGUGGUCCAAAAGCUGGAUCAGCAGACACAGACCCUGCAGAGAGAUGUCUCUGAAAAAGAGACAUUUAUCAAAGAGCAGGAGGACCUGAUGUCUGCUAAGGACACUCUGGUCCAAGAACUGGAGCAGAAGAUCCAGACCCUGCAGAGAGAUGUCUCUGAGAACGAGGCAUCUUUCAAGGAGCAGGAGGACCUGAUGUCCGUGAAGGACAUUGUGGUCCAAAAGCUGGAUCAGCAGACACAGACCCUGCAGAGAGAUGUCUCCGAAAAAGAGACAUUUAUCAAAGAGCAGGAGGACCUGAUGUCUGCUAAGGACACUCUGGUCCAAGAACUGGAGCAGAAGAUCCAGACCCUGCAGAGAGAUGUCUCUGAGAAAGAGGCAUCUUUCAAGGAGCAGGAGGACCUGAUGUCCGUGAAGGACAUUGUGGUCCAAAAGCUGGAUCAGCAGACACAGACCCUGCAGAGAGAUGUCUCUGAAAAAGAGACAUUUAUCAAAGAGCAGGAGGACCUGAUGUCUGCUAAGGACACUCUGGUCCAAGAACUGGAGCAGAAGAUCCAGACCCUGCAGAGAGAUGUCUCUGAGAAAGAGGCAUCUUUCAAGGAGCAGGAGGACCUGAUGUCCGUGAAGGACAUUGUGGUCCAAAAGCUGGAUCAGCAGACACAGACCCUGCAGAGAGAUGUCUCUGAAAAAGAGACAUUUAUCAAAGAGCAGGAGGACCUGAUGUCUGCUAAGGACACUCUGGUCCAAGAACUGGAGCAGAAGAUCCAGACCUUGCAGAGAGAUGUCUCUGAGAACGAGGCAUCUUUCAAGGAGCAGGAGGACCUGAUGUCCGUGAAGGACAUUGUGGUCCAAAAGCUGGAUCAGCAGACACAGACCCUGCAGAGAGAUGUCUCUGAAAAAGAGACAUUUAUCAAAGAGCAGGAGGACCUGAUGUCUGCUAAGGACACUCUGGUCCAAGAACUGGAGCAGAAGAUCCAGACCCUGCUGCAGAGAGAUGUCUCUGAGAAAGAGGCAUCUUUCAAGGAGCAGGAGGACCUGAUGUCCAAGAUCCAGACCCUGCAGAGAGAUGUCUCUGAGAAAGAGGCAUCUUUCAAGGAGCAGGAGGACCUGAUGUCCGUGAAGGACAUUGUGGUCCAAAAGCUGGAUCAGCAGACACAGACCCUGCAGAGAGAUGUCUCUGAAAAAGAGACAUUUAUCAAAGAGCAGGAGGACCUGAUGUCUGCUAAGGACACUCUGGUCCAAGAACUGGAGCAGAAGAUCCAGACCCUGCAGAGAGAUGUCUCUGAGAAAGAGACAUCUUUCAAGGAGAGCAGGAGGACCUGA